GCCAACAGGAUGCGUUGUUCGUGACCGGCAGUGCGGGAGAGGACUCACCGAACAAAGCGGCGUGUAUGAUGUCGGCAGACUGGAAUACCGCGCCAUCCGAGAACUUGUUAGACGACGGGUUUUAUUUCGCUCUUUGCUAAUUGUGGCCUGCAAUGCAAACAUGAGGUUUUACGAAGCAGACAACAGAUCAGUGGUCAUGGAAAUUUACGAUAAGUUUUACUUGUUUGACCUUGAAAAGAUGGACGUCAGCAUCGUGUUUCCGGGUCGAGUAGUCGAUACACGAGUGUGUAUCUUGACCAAACGGAAGCAACUCCUCGUGGCGUCACGUUUUGGCAAGAACGUGAAACGGUACAACAUCACAAACGGCUGCAUUUACGCCAUAAUAAAAACUGGACACAAGAAGGAGAUCUACCAAGUUGUGGUGAACGAUCCGGGAACGCUCGCUGCAGUUACGGUAGUUUUUGGACCUGUAUUGUUGAUGGACCUUGUCACUCACUCUCGCGUGUAUGAGAUCUCAAACAGUACGUUCAGGAGAUGCGAACGUAUCUUUACCUCUCAAAAUUAAACAUACGUUGGAAUUUCGCGGCAUAUAUCGUACAAUAUAUUUCAAUGUUAACGGCGUUUCUUUUUCUGUGUACGCAUUGCAUAC